GCAUUUUUCGUAACCUAUUUCGCGAAGCCGCAUGUGUUUAAUUUCAACGUUACUUGGGUAUUUAUUUUUGAUUAAUUUUACAACAAAUCGUGAUUCAUUGUUCGCUAUUUUACUGGUUCAGAAAACUAAAAACUGGCACCUAUUUUUAUACUGACUCUUUGAUCGACGACGUAUUUAUUACAAGAUUAUUUGCCAGAGGAUCUCGCGAUUUUUAAAUUUCUCCAGAAUUUCUGCUACGUGCACACACCAACAAAUACAUCAUUAUAACUCCAGCCUCGCCUCGGCUAUCUUUAUUUCGCGCUCGCGUCGAUAAUUACGAAUGCCCACGUUACGCUCAGGCAUAUCUAUGAUUGCGGAACCAUACAACCCCGCAACCUCAUUACCGCCAAAUUAUGAUAUUUUGAAUAAAUUUUCGAAGUUCACGAUGCCUCCAAAUUACAAACUUUUAAAAUAAUUUCCAAAAUAGGUACGUAUUACCUACGAUUCAUACCUGUACCUACGUCAACAACUGACUCGGGAGGUUCAGAGCAGGGUGUAAAGUGUAAAAUCAAUUUCAGUCUUCCAGGUCACUUUGCAAAAAUUAAGCUUCUUUCUAACUCAUCCAACCUAAAUUUGAGGAGUCGGCCUGCAAAGUGACCUAACUGCAAAAAAAUGAUUUUUGAGAUAGCAACACUAUGUAAUAGUUUAGGACAUGCCCUACAAAAGGAAUAUAUCACCUUCAUCCAGUUUCACUCGUAACACCCCUUCCCCCUCCCUUGAAAAUGAUAAAAUUAAAAGCAUGGCCUGCAAAGUGACCUUAUUUUUACUAUUUUCCGAAAAUGUGUUUCAUAGGGUACUGUUUGUUGAAAUCAAAAUUAAUUUUAACCCCUUCUGAAGAAAUUCAAAAAUUUUGGAGACAUCGAAAAUCGCACUGGAGGCUCCAGAGUGAUUCGAAAUGGUAAAAUCGUAAGUUGAGAAUAAGCCACAACUCCGGUUUUAGCUACCCAGCUUCCUGUACAUAAAAAAAUCUUGAAUAAAUGAAUAAAUCUUUGCUUUCAUAAAGAAUAACAUACGCAAUGAAAAACCGGAGAAAAUUGCGUACAUAUCACUAAAAAACCAAAAAAAAAAACGUAUGUGCGGCCUGCAAAGUGACCUAACUGCAGCAUUUUUCAUUUUUAUUGCACCCUGUAGCGGACACGCAGGCCGACUCCUCACUUGUAUUUUCAAAAAUUCCCUGAAAAACGAAAAAUGAAUUUCAGCACCUGAAAUUUUGAGGGUCUUCUUUCGAUUUUUCUUUAUUUGACUCAAAACUGUUUCUGUCGGUUGGGGUACUUCUCUUGUUGAGCGUAAAAAAAAAAUGCGAAAAAUAACCGACAAAACUUCAUUACGGCAAAAUUUCUCAACCCAACUUCAUGUUUUCAUCUGCAAUAUCUGCAUCCGUAAAUUUGGCGUUGCAAAUCAACAGACCUAAUGUUUUGGAGAAAAUUCUGAAUUUCCAAAAUGAGUAUAAUCACUCAAAUUCGAUGUUGCUUUCAAAUAUCACAAUCUGAUUGUUUAGUCCCACCAUCUCAUGAAAAUUCUCCUUUAUUGGUUGAACUACAUACAACUCCUCUCAGACGUUGAAGGGUUGAAUAUAACACAACAUCGAUCAAAUGAUCAUAGUAAACAAUUAUUUUAAACCAUUAAUUCAACAGCAAAUCUGUAUUCCAUAUCUCAUCUAUUAUUGCAGAUACUUCAGAUACCAAUGCCUUCGUAAUUCGGAUACAAAUAAUACCAAGUUGGGCGAGCUGCAGCAAUAACGAAACUGUAAAUACUUAUUCGCCGUUGGGAAUUAACUCGCUAUGUAUCUUCUCAAAUUCUUCUUCGUAAUAUUUGCAUACACCGUUACACUCCUUAUAACCGCGGAUCACUCGAAUGGGCAAUGGGACGAUGAAAUCUCGAGUGAGUUUCCAGAAGAUAUACGUAACAACGUCUUUACUCAUCUGGCCGUGGAUGAACAAGGGAGAUGGGUAUACAUAGAUGCGGUAGACUAUCUUUAUCAAUUAUCAUCGGAUCUGAAAUUGCAAAUUAAACACCCUACACCGCAACCCGAGUUUUCCAAAUGUACUAUCAGCUAUUACGACUGUUCAAAAGAAGCAAGGCGAAAGUAUAUGAAUGAGAACCAAGUACUGGUAUUGGAUCACCUAAAUCAGCAACUUUUAUCAUGCAGUAGUUACUUCCCUGGUUUAUGUCACGCCCACGAUACCGAAAAUAUUUCCAAAAUGCUGGCGACCGGGUCCGAACCUGAAGUGCUGACUCAGGGUUAUCAGCCGAUGGUAGCUUUCAUAGCUCCCACAUUAUCACCAAACUCGUCAACACCAGCGUCCGUACUACAUGUUGCCUUUCUUAUUCGCAGUAAGGAGCCAGCAGAGUUCACAUUAAUAACAACCGUCAGAAAUACCCAACAAGACCAUUUUUUGUCAAAUCUUGGAGGAAAUUCUAUUUUUUAUAAUGGCUUCACGAUGGCCAUUUAUGGCUUCACCUAUGGAAGUUCGGGCUAUUUUUUGGUUCGAGGAUAUAACAACGCAAUCAAGAUAGAUCAUGAAAAUGGAAACUAUUCGUAUAGUAAAUUCGUUUUAACUUGCGACGAUUACUUUCAAAAAUCUAAUUUUUCAACUGCAGAACAUGUGUCCGCGAAUAAAGUGCUCGAAAAAGCGUACAUCCACGAGAAUAGGCAAGAAUUAAAUUCCGAAUUGAAAACAGGUGAGAAAGUAUUAUUCACACUUUUCGGAAUGUACGUGAGUGGGGAUGACUAUAAUGCAAAACGCACAAAAGGUUAUGUAGUAUGCAUGCAUGGUAUUAAUAAGGUACAUUCCGAUAAAUAUGAAGUUCUGGAUGGAGAUCUCAUAUAUUCAUACCAAUGCCCUAGCAUAAGCCCCACAGGAAUUGCAGUCACCUCAGUUAAUAACCACACAAUCUUGUUUCUUGGUACCAGUGAUGGUCGUCUACAGAAGAUAUCAAUAAGAGGAUUUCAUUCGCCCGAUGUUCAUACUGCAAAUCUUUAUGCAGAUAUUACCAUUGACCAAAGAUCUGCGAUAAAUUCUGAUAUGCUGUUUGAUCCUGAAAAAAACUACUUGUAUGUAAUGACUGAAAACAAACUCGCCAAAGUCAAAGUUCAUAAUUGUAACAAAUAUAAUACAUCAGGCUCGUGUUUACGUGCAAAAGAUCCUUAUUGUGGAUGGUGUUUUCAUAGCGAUAGAUGUUGCUUGAAAUCAGAAUGUAAUGACAAACAAAAUAGUACCGAAUGGAUCUCCAUGCCGGUUGAAUUUAUUGAUUGUGGUGAAUACAAAUUGUGCUCGCAAUGUUUAAAUUCUUACUUAUGCUACUGGAAUGUAAAUGAUAAGACUUGCACAAGUAGACAGAUUUGGAACGAUAGUUCUCAGAGGUGUGAUGGCGGCUGUUCAACAGGGAAAAUGUAUUCUUUUUUGUUGGGCGAAUGUCCACAGUUCAGCAUCAUAAAUGAGACUUCAACGCACAUGUACAUACACGCUGAUGCAGAAAAGAAAAAAAUAAUCACAGUGAAGUACACAAUCCCCGUAAAUUCAACCAAUGAAACAUUUACAUGUAAAUUUGACACAGACGGCAACGAGACCUUGAAGCAGUUGCAACCGUCACACAUACGAAAUGUCAGUUUCCCUUCUGAACAUCUUUCCGAUGGAAUUAUCGAAUGUAAUGAGACGAUAUUUACAUACGAUGCUCAAACAGCCAACUUAACUGUUAACUUGUCUGUUUUAUGGAAUGGCUCAAUAUAUCUUGAAAACAUCGCCAAUCAACAAAUUAUCUUAUAUAAAUGCGCCAACAUGAGCGGUCAGUGCGAAACGUGUCUGGAUAAAAACUACAAAUGCAUAUUCAAUUCGGAAACUGGAGAAUGCAAAUACGACAGCUCGGAUGUAGCAUCUGACCUGAACAAUCAUUGGUGGAAUGACACAGAAAAGUGUCCAAACUUUGCAAGCACUCGAAAAACUCAUUGGUUGAUGGAAAACAUCCAAUUGAUCAUUAUCAUAAUAGUAGUGAUAGCACUUACUGUGGUAGUUGCAGUAUUCGUCAUUUUUUAUAAAAAAUUUAAGAAAAGAUCGCAAAAAAUGCAACGGCAAAUUAAUAAAAUGGGUAUGGAAAUAAUAUCUAUGUCACAAUGGGUAAAACGAGUAGUGAUCGAGAAUGACAUCGCACUGGAUGAGAAUGAAUCAGACAUGUUGAGAUUACCAAACGUCAGUAUCCAAUACACGUCUAUUCCAAGAUUCGCUGAAGAUUCAACUGUACCAAAAGACGAGUACGAAUUACCUCCCGAUGCUAAGUGGGAAAUUCCUCGAAAAAACAUCGUUCUAGGAAAAUGUCUAGGAGAAGGACAGUUCGGAGAAGUUGUCGAAGGAAAGGUUUUAGGCUUGUUACAGCAGAAUGUCGUCACAACAGUCGCAGUAAAAAUGUUGAAAAAUAGCCACACUGACGCGGAUAUGGUAAAUUUAGUCAUGGAAAUGGAACUGAUGAAACUCAUUGGGGGACAUGAAAAUGUACUAAAACUACUCGGAUGUUGUACACUCGAUGGACCUUUGUUUCUCAUCACUGAAUACUCCUCUCAUGGAAAUUUACUCGAUUUCCUCCGGAAAAAUCAUCCCUCCACCGGAGCCCAAAAGGUUACACAAAAUCAGUUGUCCGAAGAAAUACUAAUGAUAUUCGCUCUACAAAUAGCAAAAGGCAUGGAGUACUUGGCUUCCAUUAAAUUUGUUCACCGAGACCUUGCAGCUCGAAAUAUUCUAGUAUUUGACAACUAUGUCAUGAAAAUAGCUGAUUUUGGAUUAGCCAGAGACAUUCGACAAAUGUACUACUACAGAUUAAAAACUGGUGGUCAACUUCCAGUCAAAUGGAUGGCACCAGAAGCCUUAAAAGACAGACGCCACACAUCAAAAUCUGACGUGUGGUCAUACGGGGUACUACUUUGGGAGAUAAUGACGUUGGGUGAUGAUCCUUAUCCUUUAUACAACGAUGCGGAAAAAUUAAUGGACGACAUCGAAUCAGGGUAUCGCUUAAAGAAGCCCACCAAUUGUUCGAUUAACACGUACAGUCUAAUGAGCAAAUGCUGGAAUUAUCUGCCCGAAGACCGACCAGAAUUUACAAACAUCAUUGAAGACUUGGAUGACAUACUGAUGAAUUGUGACAAAGCAAUUAAACAACCUGAUGUUAAUGACUCAAAACUUACAACAGAAUCCGAUGACACAGAAAAUGAAACCGACGAUGAAUUGGUAGUUCGUCUUGAAUGAUUCUGUAGUAGGUAGUAGCCUUAUAUUUUUGUUAUUAAACUACAAAUUAAGUAUGUAUUUAUAAGGCUGUAAUUAAAGUACCUGGCCACUCUUGUAAAGUUCUACCUGUUUUAAGGUACCUACAUACUAUACAUACCAUGAUUGUGGUAAAUAGAAUAGAAAAUAACUUUUUCUGCAACAUGGAAUGUGCUCCAAACAAGAUGGAGGUACCAAAUUAAAGAUUAAUAUUUAAAAAAAUGUUUAGUACAUACUCGUACGAAAGUUUAAUGCUUAGAUUACUUUGGGUAACUGAAUCUUAUGCUUUUUUCUAUUUAUUUAUAAUGAUUUAGUCCACCGUAAGUACAUAAUAUUCUGGUGUAUGAAUAAGUAAUAAAUAUUUUCUCAAUUCUUA